ACAAAAUAAGACUUCUCCCUCUUUCUUCUCUCUCUAUGCGCGAGGGAGAAAAAGUGCAAGUGCUCUUUCUCUCCCUCCUCCUCCAAACCCCUCUGUUUGUUCUUUUCAAAAUUUCUAGGGUUUCCGCCAUUGUUAACGAUUGAAGCUUAAAUUAGUCUAAUUAAAAAUGGCGACUCAAGCAGGAAGUCAAGGGAUAGACCCAGCAGUGUUGGACGACAUUAUCAGACGACUUUUGGAGGUUCGACUUGCUCGUCCUGGAAAACAAGUUCAGUUAUCGGAGACGGAGAUCCGGCAACUUUGCGUCGCUUCUCGUGAAAUCUUUAUGCAACAACCUAAUCUUCUCGAACUUCAAGCGCCUAUUAAGAUUUGCGGUGAUAUUCAUGGGCAGUAUAGCGAUUUGUUAAGGCUUUUUGAGUAUGGUGGUUUCCCUCCUCAAGCAAAUUAUUUAUUUCUGGGGGACUAUGUUGAUCGUGGAAGGCAAAGUCUUGAGACAAUAUGUCUUCUACUGGCCUACAAGAUUAAGUAUCCUGAGAACUUUUUUCUUCUCAGAGGAAAUCAUGAGUGUGCUUCUAUUAAUCGGAUAUAUGGAUUUUAUGAUGAAUGCAAGAGACGGUUUAAUGUGAGACUUUGGAAGACCUUUACAGAUUGCUUCAAUUGUCUUCCUGUUUCCGCUUUAGUAGAUGAUAAAAUACUGUGCAUGCAUGGUGGACUUUCUCCAGACUUGCAAAACAUGGACCAAAUUAGAAGCUUACCUCGCCCUGUUGCUGUCCCUGAUACUGGUCUGCUUUGUGAUUUGCUCUGGGCAGACCCUGGUCAUGAUGUUAAGGGAUGGGCGAUGAAUGAUAGAGGAGUUUCUUACACCUUUGGUGCUGAUAAGGUAUCAGAAUUUUUGUCAAAGCAUGAUUUGGACCUGGUUUGCCGUGCACAUCAGGUGGUGGAGGAUGGCUAUGAAUUCUUUGCAGAUAGGCAGUUGGUUACUAUAUUCUCAGCCCCAAACUACUGUGGUGAAUUUGAUAAUGCUGGAGCAAUGAUGAGUGUCGAUGAGAACCUUAUGUGCUCUUUCCAGAUCCUCAAGCCAGCAGAGAAGAAAAACAAAUUUUUGAUGUCGACGAAAAUGUGACUGUUGCUUUAUCAUGGUACCUUGGGUCUGAGAGGUUAGUUGAUUGGAGAAUGUACUUGACGCUGCCAGUAAUAGACUUGCUGGUUAUUGAGUAGAGACAAGUUCUACGUCUCCUCCUACGACUUCGUUAUCCAUAGCUGUAGUUCGGUAUGGCAGCCCCGAAAUAAUGAAUUCUCGCUAUGGCUCUUCUUUUCAUUGCUCAAUGGCGCCGGGCGCCGAUUAGUCGAUUACGAUGAUUUAGUUUCAUGUAUAUUUGUAGUACUCGCUCUUAGAUCUAUUUGUGGGUCAUUGUAUCAGUAAAGUAAAGCCCAUUUUCACACUGAGCUUUUUAGUAGUUUGUACCUUUUCGUCAUGUUGCAACAAGUGAUCAAAAAAAUGAAAAAUCUUGUGUAAGUUGAGUUGGCCUGAUAAUUCAAGAUCCCUGCGAAUUCACAAUUUCACAUUAAUGUGCACUGGGAGUUUAGUUUGA